AUGGUACUUCAGCUCCACGGUGGGAUGGUGACGCACGUCACGGAUAACGGCGCGGACUCCGAGGCAUUCGCAGUGACCAAUGGAGCGAAGCAGGGCUGCUUACUCGCUCCUACCCUCUUCAGUCUCAUGUCCUCUGCAAUGCUGAUGGACGUCCACGUGAUAAGCGCCCCGGGCUAUGCAUCACCUACAAAACUGACGGGCAUCUUCCCAAUGGAAACCCCAUAA